UGUGGAUUUCGAAGGAUGCCUAACACCUUUCCUUCGGAAUAACUUGAAUCCCUUACCUAGAAUCUUUGGUUUCGUAGACAUUUUUAUUAAGUUAGUUAAUUGGUUUCCUAGUUUUCCUAAAAUUAGGUAGCGACUCUCUCUAAACCCCUUUACCCUUUUUAAAAUUCUUUCAUUCUUUAAAUUGUUUAUUAUUUUUUGGUGAGUCAUCGCGACGUUGUGCCCUUUCGAAGGAUGUCAACACCAACCACAUACCACACCUACGGUCCGUGGUCGACCAUCAUCAAUUGGCACCUACAACUUCCUGAAAACUGUUGCUUUGCCCUUUUCUGGAUCCAGGGUGUUAUAAUUGACUUGUGGAUGCACUAUAUGAUAUGAUACAAUUCUACAUGAUUAUUAAGGAUUUCGAGUUAGAUUGAUACUACCCUAUUGAUGAGACUACACAAACUAUUGUGAUGCAUUGCAUAGACAUUGGAUGGUAAAUAAAUGUUAUGAGAUUAUAAUAUACAUAAUUAUUUGAGUGACCAAGGAUUUCUAUGAGUUUUAGAAUGAGUUAUGUGAUGGUUUGGAAUAGUAGUUGAAAUAUUGUAUGUGAAAGUUUGUGUGAAGUUGACUUUGGGUAUGAUUCAAUUGUUAUACCUCGAUGGAAAAUUACUUUUAGAUUUUGAAUUAGUUCUAUCAGUCUUAAGUGUGACUCCUAUCUGUCAUGGAAUGCUUAAAUGAAAAUAAAGGGAGCCAUGGUUCAUAAUUUUUGAAGGCGACAAUGUGUUGCUUAAAAGACUUUGAUACUAGUGAAAGUUUGAGAGUAAGGUAAAUGACUAGUGUGGUUAUGAUGUUUUGUUAGUAUUAAGAUGGUUGACUUCAGUGGAGUAAUAUGAGAAGUAUGUGAGGUAUGAUACAUUGAGUAUGAGUAGGAUCGUAUUGGGGACAAGACUGGUGGAUUGUGGGUAGCUAAAAAUCAAAGAGAUGGAGUCAAAUGAGUGAAAAUAUUUGGUAUGGACACUAUGAAAAGAGUAUCUUGUGUUAUUUGACCUUGGUUCCGUACAUUCUUUUGUGAUCACCUACUUCGUUUCUGACAUGAUUUGCAGUAUGAUUCAUUGCAUAUGUCCACGUGUGUUUCUACAUUUAUGGGUGAAUCCCUAGUGGUGGAUCGGAUGUACCGAUCCUCUUAUGUCCUCUUGAUAGGGUAGGAUCCUUGGAAAGACUUGGUUAUUUCAAUUAUGGUAGAUUUGGUGUUGUUUGGGAUAGUUAAAGUAUACCAGUAGUUUACACGCACAACGUCGCUUAUGAGAACUUAUAUAAGAGCUAUAAUGAGUUACAAUUGUCUAGGAGUGUUGUUAGAGGUUCUGAAUUUUGAAGUGUAUCGCUUGUUGGGUGUUUACUUAAUCAUUUUCUUCUUUGGGUUAGAUAAAAAUUGAUUCUCCCUUGAUGAGUAUCCGAUAUCUAAAGAUUAGAUUUUUAUAACUUAAACUCGUGAAAAGAUUGUGUUAUGGAAAGGAAAUCUUGAUAAUAUCUGUGAUGGUUUGUGCAUUAUGAGUGUGUAGUGAUUGGUUCACGUUCACUACUAGUUGUAGCCAAUAUUGAUUCAGAACGUUAUCUUGGUUAUAUGAGAAAAAAAAUUCAUUAUGAUGGUUGUGUUAUGGUCCAGUGGGUGGGUUUCAGUUUAGAUUGACUUUAUGGGUUAGUAUGUGGCCUGAUAAUCAUUUGUUUCUUUGUAGUUAAUCUUGAUGGAAUGGUCUUAAGGAGGAGCUCACUUUGAGAGAUGAACACCGAUUGGAAGAUCAUAAGCCAGACUUUUGGUAAAAUACAGAUAUUCAGGAUCAUCAGCAGGCGUUUCGUUGAGGUCAUGGGAUGUUCCAAUCAGCUUUGUACAACAAAUCAGAUUGCAGCAGUACGUUAUAGAAGAGGCAAGAAGUUCCAGAUUCCCGAUUGCAGCAGUUCCAGAUUGCAGAUUGCAGACUGCAGAUUUUUUGAGUUCCAGAUUACAGUUCCAAAGUCCAAAUUAUUGCAGAUUACAGAUUACAUGAGUUCCAAAUUACAGGUUCCAGAUUUCAGAUUGCAGUUCAAGAUUGCAGGUUCCAGAUUGCAGAUUACAAAUUACAGUUCCAAAUUCCAGAUUAUUGCAGAUUACAGAUUAUAGUUCCAGAUUCCAGAUUGCAGAAUACAGUUCAAGAUUGCAGGUUCCAAAUUGUAGAUUGCAGAUUACAGUUUACAAAUUAAAAUUUAACGGCAAAAAAACUUUCAGAAUUUUGUAGUCCACUUCAGACCAAAGAACAAGACAGCAGGAGAAAAAAUUCAAGAUAUUCUUAGAGGUCCCAUAAGUUGUAACCAAAGUGCAUUUCAAAGGCAACAGAGAUAACAAUUGGUAAGGUUAAAAAUGUGAGGCCAUACAUUUAAGUGAUAAAAGUGAUGGAGUCAACAACUAACACUGAGAAUUGAUGGAUAAACUUGCAUAAACCAUGUAUAUAUAGUGAAUUAUAAGCUACAUAAUGAAGUGAGUUGAAAACCAUCACGUCUCAUUACCCAUCCACAUAACAAGUCUUGUUUAGCACUUUUCAAACUAAAAUACAGUUCAAAUACUGAGGUGUGAAUC